GAGGAGGAGGCCCGAGCGGCCGCCGCGCGGCAGGAGGAGCCGCCGAAGCGCAAGCAGGAGGACUCCAAGCCGGCCAAGGGCAAGGGAGGCAAAGGCGACGAGGACCCGACCGCGGCGGGGGCGGAAAGGGCGGCAAGGACGGCGGGGCCAAAGCGGGCGCAGGCGGCGGCCGCUCGCCGGCCACCGCCUCCGCGGGCAGCCGCUCGCCGGCCACGGCGGGCAGCGCCUGGGACCGGGAGAAGCCCUCCGCG